AUGACUACGGGUCAAGGGACACUCCAGUAUCCAGCAACAAAGGAGAAGAAGAGCAGAAUCUACUGGAGGUUUAAAACCCCACUGUCUGCUCCAACACCAGACAGUACUCAGAAGUACCUCUGGCGACUUCGCAACCAACUGAGGAAGGUAGUCGGUGCAUCUACCAACUGGCAAGAUCAGCAGCAAGUGUUGUCUGAGCGUUCAUCACUAAGCCAGUAUCUCGCUCGAAGUCAAGAUGACCUUCCUGCAAAAAGAAUGAAGGACAGUUUAAUUGAGGCGCAUCUUCCUCUGGGUUCUCAGCCUGCUUUAAGAGAGAAAUAUCUCAACUCUCACAACAGCGUCAGGUUUGGACGGAUUUUGGAGGACUUGGACUGCUUAGGAGUGCUCAUCUGUUACUCUCACACAUGGAACGAGGAGCUGCAAAGUUCUCCGCUGUCUAUUGUCACCGCCCUAGUGGACAAGAUCGACAUGAGACAAAACAUCAUCUACCCAGACUGUGACAUCAAGUUCACUGGUCACGUGACAUGGGUUGGAAAGACCUCAAUCGAAGCUAAAAUGCACAUGUCUCAGUACCAAAAUGGCACGCAUGCAGACUUAUUAGAUGCUACUUUUGUAAUGGUGGCUCGAGAUCCUGAAAACAAAAGGGCAGCUUUUGUAAACCCACUCAAACCAGUGGGUCUGGAAGAAGAGGCGAUUUUUCUUCAGGGUGAAAUAAACAAGAAGAGGCGUGUGGAGCUGAGCACGGCGUCUCUUCUGAAAGUGGCUCCUACAGCGGAGGAGAGGACACUCAUUCACAACCAGUUCCUCAACACUCUUGACACACGGACUGUCAGCUUUCGGAGUCGGAUUUUACCACCAAAUUCAGUGUGGAUGGAAGAUGCCAAAUUGAAAGGGCUUGAGAUUUGCCAUCCACAGGAAAGAAAUAUCUUCAAUCGGAUAUUUGGUGGUUUUCUGAUGAGAAAGGCUUAUGAGCUUGGUCGAGCUAAUGCCUGUGCAUUUGCUGGAUGUAGACCAACUGUUGUGGCUGUUGAUGAUAUUUUAUUUCGGAAGCCAGUAGAAAUUGGUUCUUUGCUCUUGCUGUCUUCUCAGGUUUGCUACACGGAAGGAAUGCACAUCCAGGUCAGGGUUCAUUCAGAAGUGCUCGAUCCUUUACAACCAGACAGCACAGCACCACCAAAUGUGUUUCACUUCACUUUCCGUCUUGAAAAGGAAGUCCCAGCUGUUGUCCCACAGAGCUAUGGAGAGUCAAUGCUGUACCUGGAUGGAAAGAGGCACUUUGAUGGGGCAAUGAGGAACCAUAGCUGAGCAUGGGUUGUGCUUAUAGGA